AGAAGAACAUUUAACUGGUGGUAGAAUUCAUCCUUGAUUGCAUCCGGGCUGCAAUCUGUCGGGGCAUAGGCGGAGAUGACGAAAAGACAUUGUUUCCCACGCCGAUUUCUCACUCUGAUGGAACUUUCUAAUCUACAGCACAUAACCGACUGUUAAUGAGGAUCCAAUCGAUUAGUGCCGUUUCAGCUCUAGCGCUUAGUGCGACACCAACGCCAGCAAGACCAGAUAAAGAUGCCACAGGGUCCCUGGAUAAACUCAGGUGAUGAAACAAGCUUUUUGAAGCGACAGAUGGAGAGCGAAUUUGUAGUACUUCACCAGAGUCUUGAAUAUGGGUCUCGGAUAGACAGCAAACGUCUAUAUUAAGACUUUCCAAAGACCUAUCUGUUGUCCGACCUGCAUAAGUGUGCGAACGUUGAAGGCAGCCAGUUAGAAUGGUGCACGUGGUUUCAGAAAAACUGCUUCAGUACUCGUAUUCAGUGGUAGCAUACAACUUUCAACCAGGCAGUGACUCGAGAACGUUCAGAUAGAGCCGAAUUUCCACCACAGGCGACCUACUGUAUAAGUCGGAAAAUAAGUAUACAGAGUGGGUAUAAAAGAGGGUGAAUAAAUGACGUAGUAAAUAAUAAUAGUAAUAAUAAUAAUGUCAGUCAUUUGAUUGUUAUUCGGAGCAAGAAGAAUAUUUUCCAUAAAUAGAGUUCAUCAUUGCAUCCAAGCACUUGUCGAAUAGUAAAGGACUUGCUCAUCUCUUUUGGAGUCCCAUAGGUGCUGUAUGCCUUAGUCCAGUAUCCUGGACGCAACUGGUAGCAGACUUUUGCUCCACUGUUUGCCACACACAUUGCACUUUUCAGAGUUGGUUACGACCUUCUUUAUUCCAGAUUGUCAUUCCUUCAUGUAUUUUUUUAAGUAACCUAGUUGGCUCCGUAGUCAAAAAUUCACCCUUAUCCUGAAGGGAGGUCGCAAUAAAGUACUAACCCAAUCAACUAAGUCACAAGCGAUGGGUAAGUAAGCAGAUAAAAUGUAGCUCAGUAUUCAAGUACGAAUCUGAUAAGUGAUCUUUAAUGCAGUCUUCAGUAAUAAGGAUAGUAGCUUAAUGAACUUGUGUUAAUCCUGACAGAUUACCUUCCAGUGAAGGUCCAGCUUCUCCUUGAAAAUAUUCAUGUAUGGGGCUGAUACCACUUGUUCGGGUAAGGCGUUCCAGUCAUUGACUACUCGAUGAGAAAAACUGGACCCCACUUUAAGUUUAUUAGAUCACAGUUUAUGAACCUUCUUCCUAUGACCUCGGAGAUUGUUAUUGCUGGAGGGAGCAAAAAGAUAAGACAUAUUAACACCCAAAUAAUAAUUAAAGAUACGAAAUGCCAGUAUUAGGUUACUUCGCGUCCUACGACACGACAAGGAGAAAAGGUUUAGGCGUUUUAAACGCUCAUCGUAAGGGAGUUUAGAAAGACCCUUCACUAAUUUCGUUCCGACACGCUGACACGCUCAAGUGAGUUAGUAUCCUUUACCAGACAUGGGCUAGCUGCUUGGACACAGUACUUGGAUGCAGUACUCUAAAUAUGGUCUUACGUAGGUGGGAUAUAAAAUUCGAAACAUUUCCUCGUCAAAGCAUUUAAAUGCUCGAAAAAGUGACCAUAACGCACGAAAACCUUUGACAGCGGCUGCGCUGCAAUGCGUAGUUGUUUUUAAGUCAUGACUUAUUAUUACUCCCAAGUCUUUAUGCUCUUGAACGCAUGGAAGAGGUUUACCAUCAAUAGUAUACUUGUAACUAUUACCGAGACCGAUGUGCAUUAGCACAUUCUUCCUAGAAUUGAUUUCUAAGCUCCACUCUCGAGCCCAUCUAACUAAAUCGUCUAAGUCAGCUUGAAGAUCCAGAUGAUCAGCCUCACUUUUUAUUGCUCUCCAGAUUUUUACAUCAUCCGCAAACAAUAAUGUCGACGAACUAAGUAACAGCAGUAACUCAUUAACGUAAAGAAGGGAGAGCAGAGGGCCUAAGAUGGUGCCUUGGGGUACACCACUUUUGACCGGCUUCCAAUCGGAUAGCGUUCCGUUGACUCUCACUCUCUGUCUGAGGUCACAUAAGAAAUUUCCUAUCCACUCAUGCACAGUACCUAUUAUUCCGAAGCUCGUGAGCUUCUGCAUAAGACCUAAGUGUGAAACCUUGUCAAAUGCUUUGCUAAAAUCUAUGAAUAUCACAUCGACAGACAGGCCUUUAUCUAAGGCUGCUGUCCAAUCCUCUCUCGCAAUAAGUAGGUUAGUCAAACAUGAACGCUUGUUACGAAAUCCAUGUUGCUCAGGAGCUAACAGAUUGUAUGAAUCUAUGUGGCCUAGCAACCUAACCCGAAAUAUCUUUUCGAGCAACUUAACGACAAUGCUAGUUAGACUGACAGGCCGGUAGUUAGAUACGAUCUGCCUCUGACCAUCCUUGAAUGUAGGACUUUACAAUCUCUAGGGCGUUGCGCGAGUGAAAGAGACAUGCUAAAGAGCGUCGCAAGCGGUCUUGAAAUAAUGUCCGCAAGAGAUGACAGCAGUCGUAAAUGUAACCCGUCAGGACCCGGUAUCUUACAAGGUUUGAGGUUAGUUAUCGAUGGAAGAACAGUUUCCUCAGUCACAUGUACAGAUCCAAUGGCUGAUAUCUCAGUGUGAUUGGGACAAGUAUUUGUAACAAUACACGUAGAGUAGAAUUCGCUAAAAUAGUUUGAAAAUGUCUCGACUUUUGCCUAAUCUCAUUCAGCUAGUAAAUCUAAAUUUCCGUGUAACUGUAACGAGGGAAUACUAUCAUUACAUUUUGUUUGCCGUUUAACUUACGAAAACAAUAGUUUCGGACAAGUACGGCUAUCAUAUACCAACUGUCGUUCGUAAGUAGUACGGGAUUUAGCUGUGGUCUUUACAUAUAUUCUGGAUAUUUUUAUGCGUGUCCUGUUGACAAGAGUAAGUCCCAGAAGUGUUUCCUACGCUUCAACGGCUUCCGGGUUUCCUUGUUAAUCCAUGGUGGGCAAUGUGAUAGUUUACGUGUUGACCAUGGAAUGAACGGUGAUGUUACGGACUCGAAUGUAGCCUUAAACUUAUUCCAUUCGUUUUCGAUCGAUCCAUCCACGUCAACCGACCAGUCAGUCGACAUAGCAUAGUCUCUGAUUGCCGGAAUAUUAGCUCGCCAGAUAUUGGGACGGGGUGGAGCAGAUGCAACUUGCAUGAUCACUGUUCACUUAUGGGGGGAGGUGCUGAACGUCGAUGGCAUCCUCUUAGUGGUGUAUUAGGACCAAGCCGAGCAAUGACGGGUCAUGUUUUAAGUCAAUAUGUCUCGGUUUUGCGAUACAUUGUACAAGUGCACAACGGAUAUUGGUUGAUAGAAGGUCGCUAUCGAAACCCUCACCUGGAGCUGUAAGCUCUAUCCAGUUGAUAUGCGGUACGUUGAAGUCUCCAAUGAUGAGACAUUGUCUUACUCCAAGAACAGAUGUGUCUAAAGAUCAAGUCGUCAGAAAGACAACACGGACUACGGAAUAUUGUUGGUCCUUCAUGACUCCUUGGCCCCUGGCUGGGAUCCGAGAGAUGGUGCGACACAGUGGCUAGAGACGUUAUCAGAUAUGGCUCAGAAUAGAAGCCAGUGGCGAUCAUGCUGUAACCUUCUUUUACUUUCUUCAUCAAAAGUGGUUAAUCUACCUUAACUGAAAGAUUUCUUCUGAUUGUACUUUUCCGUCUCCCCCAUUAUUAUUGUUAGUAUUGUUAUUACACUACCUUACACUAAUCUGGUCGUUAUUGUUCUUUUUCUCUCUUACGCUCCUUACCUUCUGUUUUUUCUCUUCGAAUUCUCAUUGUUUUUUGCGGCGCAUAUAUAUUUGGUACCCUCUUGUACCAAUAUUUAUGUGUUCAAAUAAAAAUAUAAAUAAAUAAUACGGUAUAUUGUCCCUAUAGUUAAUAACCCGUUUCUGGACUUAAUUGCGCAGCAUGCUACCUCACAUGUACCACUAACAUGUGCCUCGGAUAUGAUUGAUUGUAUACGAAAAUGAUCCCUAACGUAUAAUAUUAUGCCUCCUCGCGUGCGACUUAAAACGACCACUUCUAAUACAGAUGUAACCUGCAAUGAUGGGAGAACAGUCUAUAUCUACGGCGAGCCAAGUUUCUGUGACGACAAUUAUAUCGGAACUUAAUUCAUCCACCAUCAGACUUAGCUCGGACGCUUUAUUUCAAAGACUAUGGGCGUUCGUGUAGCACACUUUUAAGGUGCUUUGGGAAUUAUUCGUUCUACCCAUACAGGUCUCAGAAGCAUUGGCUUCCAAGAUCUGACUACUCGAAGACCCUUAAUCGUAAGGUUCGUUUCGCCAUCUAUAUUUCGAGUUCUUAACUCCGUAAAAACAUUCUUCUACUUGAUUCGAUCCUCAAGAGGCCAAUUCAGUCGGAUGCGAAUAUUUGAGUCACGAGUUUUGUGUACGUUUUUCAAUAUUAUGUCUCUUUCCUUAAAAUUCUCGAGUGCCAACUUCAAGAUCCUUCUUGGUUGGGUCUCGCCUCCAACCCAUUUACCGAGUCGUAUUACCUUCGUGAUAUGUACCCCUGAAACUUAUUCAGGCAGUACAUUUCCGACUACAGGUUGCACUAACUGCAAAUCGCGUGCAUGUCUUACUUUGGGACUUUGGCGGAGUGGUUUUGGUUACGUUUCCGCGUCAUCCAUUCCCUAUCAGUCUCAACAUCUCGGAACGGUAAUGGUUUUGUCAGGAUCGUCAGUCGCUGCUGUAGCAAAUUGGCCGCCAAUAUCUAAUGGUUUAACGCUGAUUAAUUGUUUCGGGGUAGAAAGCUCGAUUUUGUGUUGCACAAUUGGGUAUCUGGCAAGUGCCGUGACAGCACUUACGACACUGACGCAAUCUUCGCCUUCAGUACCAGUGCAAUCACCAUCUUUCUUCUUACAGGUUAGAGCUAUUAGAUUCAUAACCUCCUGGAUUAACAACGUCUUAUUUGUACAGCAAAACAUGCAAAGCACAUGCGAGUUAGGCUUCGAGCAUCUUUUGUAUGUGGUGGGACUUAAACGGGUACACAUCUUAUUGAACCACUUUUUACACUCAUCGCACUGCAUUCCUUCGUCCACUGGGAACAAACAGUUUGGCUGUCCAUAUUUAUAAGUACAACUAACCACCGUAAUCAGAUUAAGGUUUAAAACACAAUAUGAAUACAAGUGUCAGUCAAUGAGAAAGAAGGUACCACAAGACAAAGUUUGGCAAGAUUUCAAACCUUAACCGAAAUACUUCAAGUUAGAGUGGACCAAGAAUGCUUUUGAUGCAAAAAGUACACAAAAGCAAGAAUAAUCACAACAAGUACAAAAUCACUACCCUUUUAAUUGGUUUUAAUUUAUUUCUCAAUGAAUAGACUUUUGGAGUGUGUUAUUUUUUAUAUCAUUUAGGUGCUGAGUGUUCAGUAUGUCGUCAGAAGAUGAUUGGUCGAAGUUGCCCACUCUGUCCAAAGUACAGCACAAGCUCUGGAACGCACGUGUGGCAGGAUACGAAGAAGCGUUCAAAAUAUUUUCAACAGAGACAAAUGGAAAAAGUCCUGUUUUUAACGAAUAUGUUGGAUUGAUGAAGAAGUUCGUGACUGAUUCUCAUGCUGGAGCUCAGGAAAAAGCUCUAGAUGCUGUCUUAGCAUACAUAGAAACAGCUGCAGCAGCUACAAAAUGCGCUGGAGAUAUUUGUGCUGGUAUCAUAUCAAAAUGUCUGGGUUCUACUCGAAUGAAAACAAAAGACAAGUCAAUUGAGUGCCUAUUGAUGCUGAUAGAAAUUGAGCGUCAUGAAUUAGUAAUAGAAGAGCUCAUUAAAGGUUUAUCAACUAAAAAUCCAAAGGUUGUUGUCGGAAGCUUACAGACUCUUCGUGAAGCUCUAAAUCUUUUUGGUCCAACUGUUGUUCCGAUCAAACCUCUUUUUAAAGAGUUUGGACGACUACUUGAUGAUCGAGACCAAGGGAUCCGAAAUGAAACGAAAAAUCUCAUCGUUGAGGUUUACAGAUGGAUAGGAGUAACCACAAAAGACCUAUUAAAGGAUAUCAAACCAGUUGUGAUGACUGAGUUAUGUGAAUUAUUUAACUCUAUUCCACCCGGAAAACCUGUUCGAUUAAGAUAUUUACGCAGUCAAAAACCUAAAGAAAUUACUCCAGAUACUGGGGCUGAAAGUAAUCCCAUUGAUGGCGCUAUUCCAGAUGGAACUUUAACCGACCAGGUUGAUUUGGAUGAUAUGAUUACUCCUGUUGAAGUUCUUAGCAAAAUCCCCAGCGAUUACUGGCAACAAAUAGGGGAAAAGAAGUGGCAAGAUCGGCGUGACGCUUUAGAGGCACUUGAAAAAAUUACGAACGUUCCUCGGAUUGUUCCAGGUGAUUUCACAGACCUCGUAAGAAGCUUGAUUCAGGUUGUAAAUAAAGAUACUAACAUAAUUCUGGUGACCCUUGCUGCUAAAAUUUUGGGACAAAUAGCAAGAGGGUUAAAAUCUAAGUUCAGUCCUUACUCUCAACAAACCUUACAAGCGUGUUUAGGGAAGUUUAAAGAAAAGAAACCUAAUGUUGUUCAAGCUCUAAGAGAAUCUGCUGAUGGUGCUGUAUCUUCGGCUUCACUAGAUCAUUUUGUGGAUGAUAUUGUAGCUGCAUUAAGUCACAAAACACCUAAUGUACGUGCAGAAGCAGCCUUAAUUCUAAGUAGAGCGUUCAAAAAAUGUUCUGCCACAUCACUAAACAAAAAGGUUUUAAAAUCGUUUACUGUACCGUUAUGUGUAACAUGCAACGAUACUGUUCCUGAAGUGCGUGAAUGUAGUUUUGCUGCGCUUGGUGCUGCAAUGUUCGUCGUGUCGGCAAAAACUAUCCAGCCCUUUCUCAGCGAACUUGAUUCCAUCCGGCUGGCGAAAAUCAAUGAAUGUUGCGAACGAAUAGCGUCUGAACUUAGUAAUUCAAAUAACUCUGGUAACCAACUAACUGCUCCUUCGACAAAUAUGUCUACAUCUGCUAAACCCAAUACUGUACCACGUCGUGCAGCACCACCAGUCACUCGUCCGAAUACAGCGUCCAGUGGCACUGGAGAGGCUAAUUCCGAAUGUGCUACUAAAACACCAACUUCUGGGCCAUCUAGUAAAAAAUCGACAGCACGUACGAAAUCUGUUAUUGAGAAAUCGAAAUUCACCAUUCCAACAGAAAACUUGUUAACAGAGGAUGAAAUAUCUCAGAAAGCUUCUGAGCUUCUUGGGGAAGCACUUAUCAAGCAAUUAUCUGAUACGAAUUGGAAAGAACGCUUGCAAGCGGUUGAACAAAUGAAAUCUAACAUACAUUCCUUUACCAGUUCUGACGUACCUACUCAAAUUUUGUGUCGUGCUGUUCUACUUAAGCCUGGAAUCAAGGAUACUAAUUUUCAGGUGCUGCGCGCUCGAAUUGAGUACAUCGAAGCAGUUUUGUCUUUAAGCGUCUCUAUCAGUUCAAAUUUGGCUGAGUUACUUUUAUCAGAUUUGAUUGAGAAGGUUGGUGAUACGAAAGUCGGUGACGUCACAAAAAUUGCGAUGACAAAAUUGGCUGAGAAAACAAGUCUCGAAUUAGUUGGUGGUUUUAUAAUGCGCACACUAUUUCAGAUUAAAAAUCCUCGCAGUCAGACCGAAGGUUUGGCUUGGUUGAAUCAAAGCAUUCAGGAAUUCGGAUUUUGUAUUCCACCACAAGAAGUUGGACCACUUCUAAAAACAGGCCUCAAUGCAACUAACCCUUCUGUUCGUCAAAAUUCACUAAAUCUUGCUGGGACAAUUCAUUUAUAUCUCCAUGAUCGUUUGCCAGCUCUCCUAGCGGGUGAGAAACCGGCUUUAAUUACGUUACUGAACGCGGAAUUUGCGAAAAACAAAGAUAAAAAAGCUCCUGCUCCAACUCGUUUUUCUGCUGCCCAAACUCUUCUCAAAGAAUCAGUGUCUGCUGAACCCAGCGGAACUGAAGCAUUGUCUAGAGAUAUAGAAACUACCGGUCAAAUAGAGGAGAUGGACUCUGAUGUAUUACUUCCAAAAGUAGAUAUCAGUGACCGACUCACACCUGAACUCCUGGGACUUCUGAAAAGCAAGGUUUGGAAAGAACGUUUAGAAGCACUGACUACUAUUGAAAAUUUUAUAUCUCCUUCCCAUUUGAUUGAUGCUUCAAACGGAAAGCUUCAAGAGCCUUUGACUAUGAUAGCUAAAGCAGCUAAUGAUGUGAAUAAAAACUUGGCCAAACAAGCUUUGAUAAUCCUGUCUUCCUUCGCUUCAUCAAUACCGAAAUCAGACGCUGUGAAUUACAUAAAGUAUGUUGAACCCCCUAUUUUACUCUGUCUUGGUGAUUCAAAAGUUCAAAUACGUGAGGCAGCUGUAACUGCACUUAGCUCUUGGCAAAGUCGAGUUCCCAUUUUAUCAGUAUUUGAAAAUAACAUGUUAGCUGAUGCCUUAAAGAUGGAAAAUCCAUUUUUACGAGCCGAAUUACUACGUUGGCUUCAAGAUGUUCUCUCACCUAUGCCAUUAAACGCCCUGCGGAAAAACGCUUCAGAAAUAACAGAGAAUCUAAUACCUCAGGUAUUUGCUUCUCUUGAAGAUCGUAAUGUUGAAGCUCGUAAACAAGCCCAACUAGUUCUUCCUUCAUUAAUACAAGUUUUUGGCUGGGAACCUAUCUUAAAGUCUACCAAUCGUUUGAAGCCCACCUCAAAGGAUUCAAUUAUGCCUCAUUUGGAGAAAGCUCGUGAAAGUGUAGCUAAUUCACAUCCCUCAUCCAUGGAGAAAAAAACCUCUUCUCCAUCUAAAGCGGUACGUGUAGGUAAUGGAGCACCUCCACAACCUUCCUCAAAUGCCCCAGCUACUACUCCAGAAAAUAGCGAGGAAUCUGAAAAUGCUACGCAAUCUUCAGGCAAUACCUCAAAGUCUGUUUCCGAUACGAAGAAAAAGGCUGAUAAUAAAAAGUCUAUCAACACGUCUAAAAAGUCAGGUCCGGAACUGGCAACGACAUCCAUAAUUCUUCCUCCAAAUAAGUCAGCUAAGAGUUCUAGGUUAAAUGAUGAGAAAAAACGCAAGCUUUUAAAAUGGGAUUUCGAUGCUCCAACAAAAGACCACAUACAACAAUUAAGUACAUUAUUCACUGCAGCUGGAACCGCUCCUGAAUUUCAUGCACUUUUAUUUCAUACCGACUUUAAACAACACAUUAAGGCGAUUGAACAGCUUUCUCAAUUACUAGAUACCACUGAAGGCUGUGAGGCUACUGUAAUAAAUGUAGAUAUUAUCUUGAGAUGGAUUGUUCUACGAUUCUUUGAAACUAAUCCAGUUGUUUUAGGCAGAUGUAUGGAUUAUCUAACAAAAUUAUUCGUUUUUAUGUCAGAGUCUGGAGCAAAUCUUUCUGAACAUGAAGGUGGUUCAUUUCUUCCUUAUUUGGUGAUGAAAGUGGGUGAACCUAAAGAUAUAAUUCGACAGAAUAUUCGAGGAAUAUUGAAACUUGUGGUUAAUCUCUAUCCACCCAGUCGUCUAUUCACAUUUCUCACUAAUGGGACUAAGGCCAAAACAAGUAAAACAAGACAAGAGUGCUUGGAUGAGAUGGGUUCUCUGAUUGAUCGUUUUGGAUUAAAUGUUUGCCAGCCUUCUAUUCCCGUUGCAAUCAAAUUGAUCGCUCAACAAAUUGGUGAUCGUGAUAGCGGAGUUCGAUCAGCAGCUUUGAAUGCUUUACUUUCUGCGUAUGCUGUUAUUGGUGAACAGAUAUGGAAGGUUAUCGGUGAUAUACCAGAAAAAGAACGUUCAAUGCUGGAAGAACGUAUCAAACGAGCUGGGCAAAUACCGAUCAAUACUGUAGAUAAUUUUGAACCAAAGACACCGUCUGUAAGACCGAGCACUGCAAGACGCGAUCCAUCAGAUUCACGUAAUCCUCUAGAGCCUGUUCCUAACGAAUUUCGCCGUCAGCAACCGGUUUCUGCAGCUCAUGCUAGAGCGCGUGCUAUGUUGAAUGAACUAGGUGAUUUAUCACCUGAGAAAGCUCCAUGUAUGCCUCCACUUAUUCAGUUAGAUGCUGAUAUAAAUGAUCUUUUCCAACCAGUUGAAAUUCCAGCAUUGAAAGCACACGUGCGCCAACCUGUUCUCAAUGCACUGUUACGAACAAGUCCUGACACUGCUUCGGCGAUCACAAUGGUCGUAACGGCUAUAUCUUCCAAUGAUUUACUAAUCAGUUGUCAUGCUUUGGCCGAAAUCGACACUGUUCUUAGAGAUGAAAAGUGGUACCUUUUACUCAAUCAUGUCAAUCAAGUCCUGAUGCUUAUUACAAUGCAGUUACGCCAAGUUACUUCGCGAUAUUUUGGAGAUCCUUCAGUUUCAGAGGAGCAAUUGCAUACAUUAAUUCGGUCUCAUUUGGCCACUAUCGAAUCUCUUUUUAGUCGUCCAACAUUAGGUCGCGAAGCUUCACGGGAAACUUUAAGAGAAUUAUCCCAGUCUCUCCUUCAAACGAUGUUGGAUGAAAGGACUGCUGAAAUGUCCAGUGGAGAAAAUGUUAUCAGAUCGAUCAAUGCAUUAUUUGUUCUUAUUUUGGAGGCUUCCAAUGGAACACGUAUACUCAGUGCGCUCAUUCGAUUACUACAUGAAUGUAUCAGUAACGGACACUUUACAAAUCGAUUCACACAAGCUAUCCUCAAAAGUAUAUGGCGUAUUACUAAGGGGAUGAAUACUGCAUUUAAUAAUUACUCUGUGGAUGUCAUACUUCUGGACUGUCAUCAUUUUUUAAAGGCUUUCCCACCUUCCUCAUGGAGUGCACGGAAAUCAGAUGUUCCUUUACGAACAAUCAAAACCCUAUUGCAUGUAUUAUGUGGCCUCCAAGGUCCAUCAAUUUUACAGUUUCUAGAAAGUAUACCUAAUAAGGAAGAUUCAGAACUGGAGUCCUACCUCAUUCGCACACUAAAAACUACUUCAGGAGUUACAACUACCUCUGAUUCCAAAAAAAUACUGGCCUCUGAAAGUCAUUCAAAAGGAUUUGUACUUUCUACUGCAACUCGUGAGAAAUUAACCGAAAUAUUCAAGAAGGUCGGAUCUAAGAAACCUGAUGAGGGUUUAAAUGAACUAUACGAUUUCACUCAGCUCUAUCCAGAUGUAGAUUUAUCGUCAUACUUAACAAACACAAGCCAAUUUUUCCAAGCCUACAUAAAACAAGCUUUACGAAAUAUAGCUGUUGAACGCGCCCGUCAGGCUAGACUAAGUGUAAAUGAUAAAGAACCAAACACAUUAGCAGCUCAUCAAACUAAUGGCAUUUUAGCGCGUUCUAAUUGGAAUCCAGAUUUUGAUGCAGAUAUUUCUAAUGGCCAACUAACUGAUCCCAAAGUAUUUAUGAAUCGAUUGGCGAUGCUACGAAGAGAACUGGGUCUUGGUGGUGUAUCCACAACGAACAUUGAUGAUAAUAUUGGGCCACCUGAUGAAGCUGGUUCACAAAAUACAGUCUUUGAAACAACUCUUCGAAAUAUGGUUCAACCAAAAGGUGAUUCUCCUGAUGAAAAUGUUCGACCUGAAACAGAACAAAGGCCUACUAUGUCCACCACUGAACUAAUGGAUUUGAAACGAAGACUAGAUCGAAUCAAAAGUGCCCAAAAGCAUUAACAUUUGCUUUGCGUGAUAAAGUAGUCUUCCAAUGCAUCUAAACUUCCAAUUAUUUACGUUCACUAACUUCUGCUUUCCAUAUGUAAAUAUUUCUUAGAGGUUUGUUAUGAGAUUUUUAUGUCCAAACUUUUACGUACUACACAAAAAAAGUACGUAACUAAAUAUACAUGUGAUUUUUAACUAAAUUGUCUUUAUACCAGUAAACAUUUUUUACAGAAAAAGUUAAUUGUACAAAUUUACUAUCAAUUAAAUAUAUGUUUAAAAUUCAUG